AUGGCAAUUGAAAGUUGCUUGCUUAGUUGGGGAAUUAAGAGAGUCUUUACUGUAACUGUUGAUAAUGCUAGUUCAAAUGAUGUUGCAAUUUCCUUUUUGAAAAGGAAAAUCAAUGCUUGGAGGUUUAGCAUUUUAAGUUGCAAAUAUCUUCAUAUGAGAUGCAUUGCCCACAUAAUCAACUUAGUUGUUAUUGAUGGAAUGAAGGAUGGUCUUACUCCAAUUAAAAAGGUUAGAGAUGCAGUUAGGUAUAUUAGACAAUCUCCUACGAGGUUGCAAAGAUAUGCAACUGUAGAUCCAUACUUUAAAAUUGAUCUUCAAUCAUGUGAGGGGAAUGGUGUGGCAGAUAGUCUAGAAUGGGAAUAUAUUGGAAAAAAUGUUGAAUUUUUGGGACAUUUUUAUGAACUUACUUUGAGAAUUUCUGGAUCUAGAUAUAUUAUUUCUAAUAUAUUUUUUGAUGAGAUUAGUUCUGUUGACUGUUUGUUGCAAGAGUGGAAAUCAAUGGUGGUUGACCCUCGAUAUCAGUUAGAAUUUAUGCAUUUUGCUCUUUUAACUGUGUAUGGAAAAGAAAAAGGUACAGAAUUGGCAAAAAAGGUUAAAUUUGAGAGCAUUGAAGAAGGAACAAAAAAGAAACCUAGAAUGAGAUUGGGACAUCAAUUCAUGCAACAUAAAAUAGAGAUUGGUGAAGCGAAGAGCAAGUCUGACUUAGAUUCUUAUCUGAAUGAGGACAUUUUAGUGUUGGAUGAGAAAGAGGAUUUUGACAAAUUAAAAUGGUGGAAAAUGAAUGCUAAUAGGUUUCUUAUCUUAUCACACAUGGUGAAAGAUAUAUUAGCGGUUCCUAUAUCCACAGUUGUUUCAGAAUCAACAUUUAGCACUGGAUGUAGAGUGCUUGAUUGUUUUAGGAGUUCUUUAACUCCUAAAAUAGUGGAAGCCUUAAUAUGCACAUAA